AUGGCUGUUGACACCCAAUUGCAAGGUGCUAUUUGUAUGUUGACCGUUUCCUUAGGAAUUCUUGGAAAUAUCCCUGUCAUCCUGUCUAUAUUUCGAAAACGAAGCCUGCUGAAAAAUAAUCACUAUUAUCUCAUUCUCCAUUUGGCAAUUUGUGAUUUCCUCUACUUAUUCCUCUUCACACCAGUAAUCUACUCCACGUUAAAUGCCAGCCCCAUGAUUACUUCAAGCUCCUAUCUUCUCUGCAAGAUCUGGUGGCCAGCGCACACGGUGGUUUUCACAGCCGGUGGACAUUUUCUUGUCUUAAUCUCCAUACUUCGCUACCGCGCAAUUGUACACCCUCUUAAGCCUCCUGUACGCCGGAGCACUCUGAAAAUACUUUCAACGUUUGUCUAUGUGUUGGCAAUAAUCUAUAUCAUUCCAUACGUCCUGGUACUUGAAUUGAAUGGAAGCUGCGAGGAAGAAUGGCCUGUGGAAUCACUGAGCAUUGUCUACACAGUGUUCCUAAUAGGAAUUCAAUAUUUUAUCCCAGUUGUGAUCCUAUCUAUUAUUUACUACAAGAUAUGUAGGAGACUCAUAGCACGCAAUAACACGAUGAAAACAAUGGAUGCCCGAAACCAGACUGGGCAAAAAAACUCGAGAACAUCGUUCAAAGAUAUACGGAAUAUAAAAACCUUCUUUGUUAGUUUUACCAUCGUCGCAUGUUUCACCGUCUCUGCAUGUCCAAUGCAAGUCAUGUGGAUUGUCGCAGCGAGCAGUUCAUCGCCGAGCAUACCAUUGGGGUUUUAUGCCUUGACCAUGUUUGGAACAUCGGUCAUUAACCCGUACGUAUACGGAGCAUUGGAUAUGAAAGUAUUUUCUUUUUUUAAACCAUGCCGAAAAAGAUGA